AUGGACAUUUUGCCCUUCUUAUCCAUACUACUUGUAAGUAUCACUGUGACCGCUGAAGAUUUGGACCAGAAGUGCAGGAUUGAACCGAAUUCUUGGCCUAAGUGGAAGAAGAUGUCCCUCAGUCAGACUGUCGUUUUCCUUCUAAUAAGCAGAUGGGAAUUCGCCCUUAUUUAUGGAAUUUUCAUAACGGAGACUACUCACAAGGUUGCUGAAAACUUUUCGACAGCCCACGAUCGGUUUCGUCCAUCUUGGGGCUCAUCAAGUGCGUGCAGUCCCCGAGGUUCCGUCAACCUUCUGUUCUACUUGUGCCCAAAUUGGACUGUUUUCGAGAAAUACACUCUUGUUCCAUAUGUGCCCAUGAAUUUUGUUCAACUGCUUUGGUUGCUGAAAAUCUGUCGAAAGCCCAAGACCGGUUUCACCCUUUUUGUCGCUCAUCAGGCGCAGUUACCGGGUUUCCGUCAACUUCAUGCUUUACUUGAACCCAAAUUGAACUGUUUUCGAGAAAUACGCUCAUUCCCGAUUCGUGUAACGCCACCUCAUGUUUCAGUUGGCACGACAUUCGAGAUAUCGAAGUAUAUUUUCAUAAAGGAAACUACUCAAAAGUUUGCUGAAAACUCUUUGACAGCCCAUGGCCCGUUUCGCCCUUUUAGGGGCUCAUCAGGUAGGCGCAGUCCUCGGCUUUCCGUCAACCUUAUGUUUUACUUGAAACCA